AUGUUGAAACUGAGAAGUUCUCCCGCACUUGGUUCAAACCUCUAUAAGGAAGCGCUCAACAGUAGUGGAUUCCAGGUCACAACGUAUGCGAGACCUCAUGAUCUUUUGAUCACUAGGGGCCAAGGGUCGAAGCUGUUCGACGAUUUGCACAACAAGAGUUAUGUCGAUUUCACUGCAGGUAUUGCAGUUACAUCUCUUGGACAUUCUAAUGAAAAAGUGUCACAAAUUCUGUGUGACCAAUCCAAGAAGCUAAUUCACUCGAGUAAUCUGUACUACAACGCUGAGUGUUUGGAAUUGAGUAAGAAAAUCGUGGAAAAGACGAAAAGCCUGGGUGGUCAGCAUGAUUGCAGCAAGGUCUUCUUGUGCAGUACGGGGACCGAAGCUAACGAGGCUGCGUUGAAAUUCGCGAAAAAGCACGGAUCUUUGUUGGGUCCAAAAAAACAUGGCAUAAUUGCCUUUGAAAACUCAUUCCACGGCCGUACUAUGGGUGCUUUGUCUGUAACAAGCAAUCCUAAGUACAGAACUCCAUUUGGGGAUUUGGUUCCGGGGACUACAUUCAUGAACAUUCACGAUGAGCUGAACGUUUUUUCGGAUUUUGUCAAAGCCAACAAGGAUACGAUUGCAGGGCUAAUCGUUGAACCGGUUCAAGGUGAAGGUGGUGUCUUUCCCGUUCCUACAGAAAAACUCGCUGGUUUGAAGAAAAUAUGUUCUGACAACGACGUUGUUGUAAUCCACGAUGAAAUUCAAUGUGGUAUGGGGAGGACCGGAAAAUUGUGGGCUCACGCCUACCUGCCCAAGGAAGCUCAUCCUGACAUUUUUACAUCUGCCAAGGCUCUCGGAAAUGGUUUCCCGAUUGCUGCCACAAUGGUGAACGAAAAGAUCAAUAAUGCGCUUAAGGUCGGCGAUCAUGGUACAACUUAUGGUGGUAAUCCAUUAGGCGGUGCGAUCGGCAGCUAUGUCAUGGACACAAUCGGGGAUGAAGCAUUUCUCCAAAAGGUUAUUACCAAGGGGCAGAAAUUUGAGGAGCGCCUUCAAGAGAUCCGCGCCAGAUAUCCACAGCACAUUACAGAUUUAAGAGGCAGGGGUCUCAUGAUUGGUCUUGAAUUUGCAGAAGCUCCCAAGGACCUCAUCAGUAAGUGCAAAGACUUGGGACUGUUGGUUAUAACUGCUGGUAAGUCUACAGUUAGGUUUGUACCACCAUUGACAAUCAGUGAUUCUGAAAUCGAGGAAGGCCUUGACAUUUUUGAAAAGGCUGUGAAUGAAGUUUACACUUAG